AACAUAAAAUGUAUAGACAGAAAAUUGCAUUGGGGUGACCAUCAAAGCCAUCCUGUCCAAUUGAGACCAAAACUACUGAAGACGCUGAGCGGCGACAAAAAGAAAAAAGAUCUUAGCGAUGGCUUUGCAGCUAUGGGAGACUUUGAAGGAGGCCAUAACGGCGUAUACGGGUCUAUCUCCGGCCACUUUCUUCACGGUUCUUGCUCUGUUGUGGGCCAUUUACUAUGUCGUAACGGGUCUGUUUGGGUCGUCCGGUGAUCAACAUCUACGGACUAGGGCUUUCGAGGAGCAGAUGGAGCCACUCCCGCCUCCGGUCCAGCUCGGCGAGAUUAGUGGGGAAGAACUUAAGCAGUAUGAUGGUUCGGAUUCAAAGAAGCCACUCCUCAUGGCCAUCAAGGGCCAGAUCUAUGAUGUUUCUCAAAGCAGAAUGUUUUAUGGACCCGGUGGACCAUAUGCACUGUUUGCUGGAAAGGAUGCUAGCAGAGCUCUUGCAAAGAUGUCUUUUGAAGAAAAGGAUUUAACUGGGGAUAUCUCUGGUCUUGGUCCAUUCGAAUUGGAGGCUUUGCAGGAUUGGGAGUACAAGUUCAUGAGCAAGUAUGUUAAGGUUGGAACCAUCAAGAAGACCGUUCCAGUAACUGAAGAGACUGGCAGUGGUGAAGCCUCAGGAGCCACAGAAAGUGAUGCUAAGCCUGCUGAGGAUGGUCCAUCUGAUAGCGCAAUUGCUGGAACUGAGGAAAAAUCUUCUGGUGCUGAUGCUAAGGAGGAGUGAUAUGGUUGGGCUUAGUUCUUGCUGUUUUUAAAGGGUGAUCACUCUUUCUACCGAAGAUGCCGCAAGAGAUGGAGUAAUGUUGUUUGCAAUUAAUACUUAGUGCAGAAUACUGUUUUAGCAAACUGGCUUAGUUCAUCAAAAAUAAAUCAAGAUGUUAAAUCUUUCGGGAUUCAGGCAAAUAAUUGUGAUGUUGAGCUGGUUGAUGUGUAGCCCGGACUUACUUUGUUCACUAAAUCAGUAGGUGCUGUGGGUGCAUUAUAAGAUAUUAAAACAGGUCCUCCCUUUCUCUCGAAUCUCAAUGCAUGCUGAAUUGUUCAGCUAGGGUUUACAAUCUUUCCUUGAA